CGGCAGUCAGUGGACGCUCGAGCGACGCAGAGCCAGAGCCAGAGCUUCUUUGGAGUUUGUUUUCCCCUCCUCACUCCUCCUUUCUGUUGUUGGUGUUUGUACCGCAGCGUUUAUCAGAGCAGACUGUGACACGGUUUGGAGACAUGUACUGGCGCGUGCUCAGCCUGCUGUUCGUCUUCAGCAGCCUGCACGUUCAGCAGCUCGCGGAGGGCUGCUCGUGCAUACGGACGCACCCGCAGGACGCCUACUGCAACUCUGACAUCGUGAUUCGUGCUAAAGUGGUGGGCAAGAAGCCCCUGAGAGAUGGACCGUUUGGAACGAUGCGCUACACGGUCAAGCAAAUGAAGAUGUACAAAGGAUUCGACAAAAUCCAGCAUGUGCAGCACAUUUACACAGACGCUUCGGAGAGUUUGUGUGGCGUCAAGUUUGACAUCAACAAGUACCAUUACCUGAUCACAGGGCGAGUGUACGAUGGCAAAGUCUACACAGGCCUGUGCAACUUCAACGGUAGAUGGGAGCACCUCUCACUUGCUCAGAAGAAAGGCUUCAACCACCGCUACCAGCUGGGCUGCACCUGCAGGAUUAAGCCAUGCCACUACCUGCCCUGCUUCGUGACUUCAAAGAAUGAGUGCCUAUGGACGGACAUGCUUUCCCACUUCGGAUAUCCCGGCUACCAGUCCCGGCACUAUGCCUGCAUCCAGCAGAAGGAGGGUUACUGCAGCUGGUACCGGGGCCUGACCACCCGUGACAAAACCACCAUUAACGCCACAGACCCCUGAACCAAAUGCACCCUGCCCAAAACAACUGCCACCUCCAUGACUCCACCCCUUCCCCCAUUAUUUGUAGAGAAUUAAGACUCUUAAGGCUGAAUGGCUUAGUGGACCGCUCUUUUAAAAGGGGGCACAAAACAUAAAAAUCAUUGACUGUGCCGGUUUCGUAGCACUUCUGAUAUAAAAUGAUAUCAUUUCCUGUUGUCCAGAUCCCCAACAGCUUGGUUUCUGUAUAUUUUUCCAUGAGUGAGUCUUGGCCCCCAAACUUUCUGUAGGGUGAUAAGGCAAUAAAGAAAUUUAAGGGGCCACUAAGAAGUAUGACAUCUACUGAGGAGCCGGGGUAACUGCAACUUCAGUAGCAAUAAUUUCCAAGCAUUUGUACGGUGGCCUGUUGUUAACACAAUUUGAGUCAUCAAUAAGCUAGCUAUCAGAGCAAUGAGAUCCAACAGAACACCUGCUUUAAAAUGCAGUAUUGCACGGCCCAGAGAAGUAACUGAUUCUUCUUCAUAUUAGUAGUAGUAGUAGUAUUAGUAGUAGUAGUAGUAGUAGUAGUAGUAGUAGUAGUAGUAGUAAGCACCCUGCAGUACCUGCUGUAUGUUAAAGGCAAUUUUCUGCAUGGAGGCAAUAAAAGUCAUACUUGUGUUCCCUUUCUACAUCAAAGAUUCUUGAAGUUAUUUGAUGGUCACACUACAAAUUAGGAACAUGAAUUUAGUCCAGGUGAUGUAUUUGAAUGGGCGUGAACUACAAGACUAAAUUAUUCUAUUCAAUAUUUGCUCUCAAAUUUGCAGUUAAACUAAUUUUUGAAUCAGUUUCAUGCUAGCUAGCCAAGCUAGCAGAAAUUGUGAGCUACUGUAUUGACUGGGUAAGACUAGAUGGUUUGUUUGCUAGCUCUGGCGCAGUUGAAAUAAUUACAUGAAGGGAAUGUAUCUGCAAUCUGGCUGUCUUACAGUUAACUGCAAGAUAUAUCAAUCUAUAAUCAAUGGCAGAGCAGAAUUUUUGAAAUUGAGUAUGACAACACUAGCUUGUUUGCUAGUCUGGUAUCAGUACUGUUAAGAUGGGUUGUGAUUGCAUGUCAAAUUCACAUCAAAGAUCAUUUAUAGAUUAUGUGAUUCAGUUUGUACACUGAUAGAAUUAUAUUUAAGUGAAAUAAGAUUAUCGUGUGACCAAACCCUUAAUCAUAACAUGGAAAAUGCAGAUCAGCCAAACCCUACAAUGGAAUACGUUAGUGAUACAAAGCUAAUGUAUCUGCUACAUCAACAUGGAAAAAGUGGAGAAUCUAGAUGUGAGUCCCCAAAUAUGGUAUAAUCCCUGAUAAAUGUACUUCAUAUUUUGUCUACAAAGAAAAUAUUGCAAAUAUUUUUAAUAAUUAUAUUCAGAGUGAAGUAAACAUGUAUUAUCUUAUGUUCAUACUGUACCACACGUCUAUAUGGAUGGCUGAUUCCCUGAAUGUUUGAAGUAUAACUUGAUUAGCAGUUACUGUACAUAAAAAGACACACCUAUUUGAGCACUGAUGAAUAUCAGGAAAAAAGUGUCCGUUACAGUGCCAAGACAGGGGUGACUUGGUGAUCGUUAUUUUUUGGUGUAUAUAACAUAAGCUACAGAAAUGAACUAUUGUUUACUUGAAACCUCUGCAGUACUUUAAUUUAUUGGAGCAACACCGUAAUUGCUUGGUAUAUUGUUAAAAGGUAAUUAAAAAAAACCUACAUUUUGAUAACUUUGUCACCGUCCAGAAUGAAAAAGCAUGUUGACACUGAAGCACUGACUCAACAUUUGUCCUGUCUUUGGCCCAGUUCCAGUACUCUCCCUUCGCCCUACCACUUAUUCGUGCCAAAGGAAGGGUAAGGGUGAAGUGGUAGGGUGAAGGGAGAUUAUUGGUAUUAGACCUAUGAGUUCUUUCUGGCAGAAGUAAAAAUUUUAUGGUACUUCUUUAAAAAAAAUAAAUAAACUACAUUUCCCCCCAAUGGUACGCCAAUUAAAGUUCAAGCAGAGGUUUCAGCAAAUGAGUUAUUUUCUAAGUGUACAUUCAAUCUUUUUUUGUAUUUAACUAUUUGAAACAAGACUAUUGUCACUAAAUGAAUUCGUCUUCACCUAUUCCUGUACCCCCACCAACCUGUGCCCCAUCUUGAGCUCAUUCCAUUAACAGACACAGAUUUGCCUCAAAAGGAAGCCACGGCCGGUUCAGUCGUUUUCUAUCACAUGCGGGACGAUAAUUAUUUUUGCAGCAGUAACACACAGGCAUCACUGAGCACACAGAAGUGUUUACUCAAAGCCAACAGCGGACAUUUUACACAGUGUUUUUGCUCUUCGGUGCCAAAAAAUAAAUAAAAGUUUUUUUUUUUCUGGCUGAGAACAUGUUUUGUUGUUUGUGUCAAUUUCCAAUCAUGCUCUUAUAAGGUACCCUAAAUCACACUGUACUGUAAUACUGUAAUAUGACAUUUUAAACAUUCAACAAAUAUCCCUUUUUUUUUUGCAUAACUAGUCAUCACUGCAACAGCAUAUAUUGCAGUAGAUCUGUUGGUCUUGUGUAGAAAACACCUUAAUUUUCAUUACAGAUUUCAUCCAGAACUCUGUUUUAUGUAUUAAAAAAAAACACUGUACAAAACAAUUUUCUUGUCUUCACGUGUGGGGAUGAGGCUCAUUUCUCCAGCUGUGGCGUUUCUGUGUCGCUCUAUUUGUGGUUCAUGUCAAUGUAAAUAAGCUGCCUGCUUAACA